CCAGAGGCGGGACCAGCCGCCGCCGUCUCCGUCUCAGUGUCCCGUCCGCCACAGCGCCGGACAGCCGCCGCGGGAGAAGCGGAAACUGCCGGGUGCGCCGCGCCGGCCGAGAGCGCGCCGGGAGCAGUGGGGCGGCCUCCGUCCGGCCCAGACCCGCCGAGCGGCGCCCGGCGCCCCCUCCCGCGCAGCCCCGCGGCCCCGCCCCGGCCCCGCCCGAGCUCGCCGCGCGCCCCCCGCCCGGCCCCCGCGGCCCGAGCGCGCCCACCUGAGCCCGUCCGCGCCCACCUGAGCCGUGCGCCGGCGCCAUGGCGGAGCAGGAGAGCCUGGAGUUCGGCAAGGCGGACUUCGUCCUGAUGGACACCGUCUCCAUGCCCGAGUUCAUGGCCAACCUUCGGCUCAGAUUUGAGAAAGGGCGCAUCUACACGUUCAUUGGAGAAGUCGUUGUUUCUGUGAAUCCUUACAAGUCGUUGAACAUCUAUGGGAGGGACACAGUGGAGCAGUAUAAAGGACGUGAGCUAUACGAGAGACCGCCUCAUCUUUUUGCUAUUGCUGAUGCUGCUUACAAGGCGAUGAAGAGGCGAUCGAAAGACACUUGCAUUGUGAUAUCAGGGGAGAGUGGAGCUGGUAAAACUGAAGCCAGUAAGUACAUUAUGCAGUACAUUGCGGCCAUCACCAACCCCAGUCAGAGGGCGGAGGUUGAAAGAGUGAAGAAUAUGUUGCUUAAGUCCAACUGUGUCUUGGAAGCUUUUGGAAAUGCCAAAACCAACCGUAAUGACAACUCAAGCAGGUUUGGAAAAUACAUGGAUAUCAACUUUGAUUUCAAGGGGGACCCUAUUGGUGGACAUAUCAAUAACUACUUAUUGGAGAAGUCUCGCGUGAUCGUGCAGCAGCCAGGAGAAAGAAGCUUUCAUUCUUUCUAUCAGCUACUCCAGGGAGGUUCAGAGCAGAUGCUGCGCUCUCUCCAUCUCCAGAAAUCCCUUUCAUCCUACAACUAUAUCCAUGUAGGAGCUCAAUUAAAGUCUACUAUCAAUGAUGCUGCUGAAUUCAAAGUGGUAGCUGAUGCCAUGAAAGUAAUCGGCUUCAAACCCGAGGAGAUUCAAACCGUAUAUAAAAUUUUGGCUACUAUUCUUCACUUGGGAAAUUUAAAAUUUGUAGUGGAUGGUGACACGCCUCUUAUUGAAAACGGCAAGGUUGUGUCUGUCAUAGCAGAAUUGCUCUCCACCAAGACGGACAUGGUUGAGAAAGCCCUUCUUUACCGGACUGUGGCUACAGGUCGCGACAUCAUUGACAAGCAGCACACGGAACAGGAAGCUAGCUACGGCAGGGACGCCUUUGCUAAGGCAAUAUAUGAACGCCUUUUUUGUUGGAUCGUCACUCGCAUCAAUGAUAUUAUUGAGGUCAAGAACUAUGACACCACGAUCCAUGGGAAAAACACUGUUAUUGGUGUCUUGGAUAUCUAUGGCUUUGAAAUUUUUGACAACAACAGCUUUGAGCAGUUCUGCAUCAAUUACUGCAAUGAGAAAUUGCAGCAGCUCUUUAUUCAGCUGGUUCUGAAGCAAGAACAGGAGGAGUACCAGAGGGAAGGGAUCCCCUGGAAGCACAUUGAUUACUUCAACAAUCAGAUCAUCGUGGACCUUGUGGAGCAGCAGCACAAAGGGAUCAUCGCAAUCCUUGAUGACGCCUGCAUGAACGUCGGCAAAGUCACCGAUGAAAUGUUCCUCGAAGCACUUAACAGUAAACUGGGCAAACACGGUCAUUUUUCCAGCCGAAAGCUCUGUGCCUCAGACAAAAUCCUGGAGUUUGAUCGAGAUUUUCGAAUCCGACAUUACGCAGGUGAUGUAGUCUAUUCUGUCGUCGGUUUUAUUGACAAAAAUAAAGACACUUUAUUUCAAGAUUUCAAGCGCCUCAUGUAUAACAGUUCAAAUCCCGUGCUGAAGAAUAUGUGGCCUGAAGGGAAACUGAGCAUUACAGAGGUGACCAAGCGACCUCUGACCGCCGCCACCUUGUUUAAGAACUCCAUGAUCGCUUUGGUAGACAACCUUGCAUCAAAGGAACCAUACUACGUACGUUGCAUCAAACCCAAUGACAAGAAAUCCCCACAGAUAUUCGAUGAUGAACGCUGCCGGCAUCAAGUAGAGUAUCUUGGACUACUGGAAAAUGUGAGGGUGCGUCGAGCAGGGUUCGCCUUCCGCCAGACGUACGAGAAGUUUCUUCACAGGUACAAGAUGAUCUCUGAAUUCACCUGGCCCAACCAUGACCUCCCUUCAGACAAAGAGGCUGUCAAGAAACUGAUUGAACGUUGUGGUUUUCAGGAUGAUGUAGCUUAUGGGAAGACAAAAAUUUUCGUUCGAACACCCCGAACGUUGUUUACCUUGGAAGAACUCCGUGCCCAGAUGCUCAUAAGGAUUGUCCUCUUUCUACAAAAGGUGUGGCGGGGCACCCUGGCCCGCAUGCGGUACAAGAGGACCAAGGCAGCUCUGACAAUUAUCAGAUACUACCGGCACUACAAGGUGAAGUCGUACAUCCAAGAGGUGGCCAGACGCUUCCACGGCGUCAAGAGCAUGAGAGACUACGGGAAGCAUGUGAAGUGGCCAACCCCGCCUAAAGUUCUUCGCCGUUUCGAGGAGGCCCUGCAGGCAAUUUUUAACAGAUGGAGAGCAUCCCAGCUCAUCAAGAGCAUACCUGCUUCAGACCUGCCCCAGGUCAGGGCAAAGGUUGCAGCCAUGGAAAUGUUGAAAGGUCAAAGGGCUGACCUUGGGCUCCAGAGGGCCUGGGAGGGCAACUAUCUUGCUUCGAAGCCAGAUACACCUCAGACCUCAGGCACUUUUGUCCCCGUUGCUAAUGAACUGAAACGGAAGGACAAAUACAUGAACAUCCUCUUCUCCUGUCACGUCCGUAAGGUGAAUCGAUUUAGUAAGGUGGAAGACCGAGCAAUUUUUGUCACUGAUCGUCACCUGUAUAAAAUGGAUCCCACCAAGCAGUACAAGGUGAUGAAGACUAUCCCUCUAUACAAUCUGACUGGUCUGAGUGUCUCCAAUGGAAAGGACCAACUUGUAGUGUUCCAUACAAAAGACAACAAAGACCUCAUUGUCUGCCUCUUCAGCAAACAGCCAACCCAUGAGAGUCGAAUUGGAGAACUUGUCGGAGUCCUAGUGAAUCAUUUCAAGAGUGAGAAGCGCCACCUUCAAGUCAACGUCACCAACCCCGUGCAGUGCAGCCUGCAUGGGAAGAAGUGCACCGUCUCCGUGGAAACGCGGCUCAACCAGCCAGAGCCCGACUUCACCAAGAACCGUUCGGGCUUCACCCUCAGCGUGCCCGGGAACUGACCGCUCACCCGGGAGGCCUCGCCAGGGAGCGGGGGUUGCGGAGCCUGCAGCACCAUGGGCCCGGGGCGGCCGCCCCCACCGCUCAGCAUCGUAGGUUCCAGUCUAAUUGCUGAAUCCCUGCUACUGCCCACUAGAAAUCAGCUCGCGAGGGCCCGAGCUUAGGGAGGAGCCCUCUUCUGCCUUCUCUAAGGCCCCUCCCCUGAAGUUUUCUUCCUAGCUUUCUGCCUUUGCUCUCCAUCUUCCUCUGUCUCUACUUUCCACGGUCGCCACUCAACAAACCAAAGACCCCGGUGCGCUGCCCCAGACCCUGGGCUGACAGUCAGACCACAUCGCACCUCAGAAGCAACUGGAUGGUGCCUUCAGUCAGUGAGGGCCUCCCUCGACUGGCCAGGACAAGUCAGCGUGCCUUGACCCAGUGACCAGCUGCUGACCCUGCAAGGGGUGGGGUGGGGGGAGCCCAGGACGCAGUUUCCCCGACCAAAGACAUGCUCCCCUGGGAGGAUUGGGGGAGAUUUGGUGGAGAUGAGCUGGGGAUGUAGCCCUACUUUCUCCGAGAGCCCAGCCUGCCACCCCCUCCCCCAAGGUGAUGGCAGCCCCUGUGACCCAGCUCAGGGAGCUUCUCAGAGCUCCUUGCCCCCAGCAGCCAGCCAAAGCCACCAAGUAUGCAGGUUCACCUGUAGGGCCAGCCCCUCAGCCCAGGAACCAGUGGCCGGCAGAGCGGCCACGCCCAGCUGGCAGUCCAGCCUGCCCAGAGCCUGCCCCUGGGCCUCCUGCCCCUCCCCGGGAGAGAGCAGUGCGGAGACGCUCCGGGGCUUAUCUUGCUGCACCCACAGCCUGCGCCCAUGGUUGUCUUCCACUUACUUUUGUAGUUUGCAGGGUUGCUAAUCAUAUAUCAUGUCUGCUGUGCCCACACUCAUGUCAGGAACACUAAUAAGGAAAUGGAGUCACAGGGGCCAGGGGAGCACUCAGGGGUGUGGAAUUUUCCCCUUCUGUUUCAUACUCAUUUGGAGAACCAGGACUGGGGCGGGAAUGUCAGAGCACGCAGCAUUUCUGGGAAGGGGAGAGAUUGAAAACCAAGCGUGGGGUCCUGGCACUGCGGGCCAGGCCAGGAUGCCCACCCCUGCCCUGCACAGACCCCACCCUGCACGGACCCCUGCCACAGCUGGGGCCCAGGCUGCUGGGCACCCGGACCUCAUGCCAGGAGAAUGCCACCGUCUUGCCCAUUCUGCCCAGCAGAAAGCACAUGUGCUUCAGAUGCCUUCCUGAGAUCACCCUCCCUGAGCCUCAGCUGAGGAGGAUGCUGCGAACCUCUGGGCAGCCCAGGCCUCCCAGCCAGGAGCCCUAAAGGAAGGAGCAACUCUGGGUACCCCCUGUGGUGAGGGGGCUGAGGGUGAGCCCACGCCUCCUUCACUUUCUGACACUGCCCCUCCACCCUGCCACCUCCUCCCUCUAUGCUCCUGUCCUGCCACCCUGACCCCGAAAAAUACACCAAGUGCCUUAGUGCAGCCUCCUGUGCCUUGCCCAGUGCCCGAUGUGGUCACCCAGCUCUUCCUCAGAGGGUCCCAGCAGCCUGGUCUCAUGCGCACCCCCCACCCCCACUUCCCAGGGCUUGCAAACAUUUGCACCGUGUGCAAUUUGCAACAAAAAAUCCUAUUGGCAUCCUGUCCUUGGAAACCCAUUCUCAUUCUCAAAGCCUGGUCAGCUGCCUGCACGGCACAGAGGCGCCACCAGCCCAGUUUAGCAACGCUCAUGGUUUCGCCCAUCACCUUGACACUAGUUGAACCAUCUUAACUGGAACAUCGCCUCUCUUCCACUUACUUCCCCAAACUUGUUGCUUUACACUAGAUACAUGCAGACGUAUGUUUUAGACACACCAAAAUGGAACAUGCCAAAUGAGUGCCUUUCCGAGGCUCAAGAGGAGGAGGGGGUCUGGAGUCCUUCCUCUCGCCUUUCCACAUUGCCUGUGGCCCCUUAGCCCAGGGCCAGGCCUCCCGGCUGAGGGCCAGAGGAUGCUGGCUGUCCACAGCACUUUUUCAUGAUGUCCCAAAAGAAGUCACAGUGUGGCAACUGAAGAAGGACCGGGAAUUUAGGGUGUGAUCAUGGUGAUGCUUCCAGGGUGCCAAGGGGAAAGCAGGAAGACACAGUGAACGUAUGCAGUGAAGUGUUUCUCUUGAUUUAAUUAAAUGCAGUUUUAUAGUUUGGUGCGUAUAUUCCUAUUUUCCAUUAAAUUAACUUUAUUUCUAAAGCAUAUUUUGAUUUACCAUCAAGAGCAAUAAAGCAUUAAAUCUUA